AUGCCAGAAUACAAGCUUCAUUAUUUCAGUCUUCGUGCACGCGGCGAACCAAUUAGGUUUAUACUGAAGUUAGCUGGGGUUAAAUAUACUGAAGUCACAUAUGAUUGGGGAUCUGAAGAGUGGGCCAAAGCAAAGAAAGGUACUGCCGUAUAUUGUGAAUUAUUUAUAUAUGAACUGCAGAAUGGUUCUUGGGAUAGGUAAUGAUAAAUUAGUAUACGUAGAUCAUCUUUCCCUUCCCAUUUUGUGCAUGUGCCAUGAUGUCUUAUUAAUUAACUAUGUAGGUGCAAUAUGUGACGAUACUCACAUAGAGCAAAAAUCCAUGGUUGAGUUACUUGAGUACAUGUAAAUCUGCCCUAGAUUCCUGGAACAUUUUUCAUUCUUCUGGCAACAAAUGUAAUAUUUCGGCUAGCAUACAGUAUAAUGCAAUAAAUGUUAGGCUAUAAGAGUAUAUAACAUUUCAAGAUAUUCAAAGGAUUGUUGGGAACACUUAGAUUAAUAUUGUCCAGUCCAGUACAUUGUUGAAAGUCUACUAAAUAAACUAAAUAUAUCGCAUAAAUAUGAAAGAUAUUACUAAAGAGACCAAAUGAAAGCCUCUCAAACCGUUACUGAGUAAAAAGACCGCUCUAUAGAGCGUUAACUCGCGCUGGGGCUAUAGAAAUACGCACAAUUAGAUGGCACUAAAAUCAUAUGGCCAAUUGAAGAAACAGAAGAAUUGUCACCUCAGUUGCUAUUCAAUUCAUUCAUGAACUAUUAAGAACUAUAUGUUGCUUACAUGAAGUAUUCCGUUUUGUAACGUACGAAAAUUGUUUGGAAAUUGGAGAACGCGUGCCGAAAACCUAUAUUCGCCAGAGUAUACCCCAACAAGUAAUUACUGGAUGAGGCUGAGCAUUAUAUAUAUAUAUAUAUAUAUAUAUAUAUAUAUAUAUAUAUAUAUAUAUAUAUAGCUUAAGAUUUUGGUUUACGAAACACAAACAGUGCUCAAUACCAUAUAGAUAGAGCGUAAUAUAGUUUUUCGUUUUACCUUCAAAAAACCACAACAGUCUGUUUCAUCCGUAUAGGAAUUAACUAUGUAGGUGCAAUAUGUGACAACAGUCUGUUUCAUCCGUAUAGGAAUUAACAUUAUAGGAAUUAAUAUAUAUAUAUAUAUAUAUGAUUCCUAUACGGAUGAAACAGACUGUUGUGAAACACUCAUCAAACAUAAAACAAAACCGAAUUUCAUAGUUUAGUUUAGUUUAGUUUAGUUUAGUUUAGUUUAUAGUUUAGUUUAGUUUAGUUUAGUUUAGUUUAUAGUUUAGUUUAUAGUUUAGUUUAGUAUAGUUUAGUUUAGUUUAGUUUAGUUUAGUUUAGUUUAGUUUAGUUUAGUUUAAUGGUACAACUGCUUGGUAUCAAAGCACAGUAGUCUCCUGUGCAUACCUAUUUUACGUACAGGUCACAUGCAAGUAAUAUGAUCUAAUAUCGCUAAGUAGUACAGAUCAGUGGUUAUCACUGGUAUAUAGCAUGCGCAGGAGAUCCAAAGCUCAUCUCGAAAUCUUUUUAGUUAGUACAGUCAUCACAUGAACCAAGGCAGCCUAUUGCCUUUUACUAACUUUUGGUCUUUUUACAGAUUGCUCAAAAUAUGCAUUUGGAACAAUGCCAGUCCUAGAAAUUGAUGGAACUCCUAUUUCACAAAGCAUGGCAAUAAUGAGAUACCUUGGAAAAGAAUUAGGUGACAAUUGCAAACUUUUAUAAACACUAUAACUUUACCAUUGUCUAUUUUGGCAUUUCGCUACGUAGUUCGUACACGCUGGUCAUAUUCAGCAAAUAUUCUUCCAGUAUCGCAGGCACGCAUUUUCAGCGGACUUGCGGUGAGAGCUAAUAUAGGUUAGGGGUUAGGAGUUAGGGUUAGGUUUAAAGUUAGGGUUAUAGGGUUAGGGUGUGUAUAUAUGUAUAUGGAGGUAUCCAGUUGACUUUGCAGUACACUAUAAUACCCAUUACACAACGUUUACUAUAUUGGUGCGCGAAACAUGACGAUUACCAAAAAUUGAAACUUCUGCAUUUUUCAAAGAACUGGCUACUUUCUGUAAGAUGUCCGUUGACAACAACCUCAUGUUUACUCACGUAAAUCCGGUUUCUAUUGGUCCAUUUUCAAUUCCACCUGUUAUUUACGACAGCUAUACCACAAUCGACAGACUUUUUUAGGUCCAUCAUUUUACAAAGAGUGUCGCAGGAAUAUUUUCCUAACAAUUCUGCGCAAGCCAAAAACGUCCGUCGCAAGUAAACUUGGCACUAGCAUUAAUUGAUACUCCGCUUAGACAGUGAAGAUUCCAUGCAGAUAAAAGAGGUAUUUCCCAAUGGAGUUAAUGCAUCCCACUGCGUUAGAAGAAAACCGGUAUAGGCAAAAAUCACGGGAAUAAUCACUUUUUUACGCAAAACCAAAACGACUUGUGGGACAUAGCGACCUUAACUACGGAGUGUUGGAACUAUCGAUGGCACAUGUGCACUAUGGUUAAAUUUAUUAAUUCUUCAGGAUACGCACCUGAUGAUAACCUUCAGCAAGCUAAAGCAGAUGCUAUUGGUGACGAGUGUCAGGAUAUUGUCAGUAAAUAUUUAUGGCAAUAUUUCCUUGAAGCAGAUCCAGAAAGAAAG